AUAUCAACUUUCCGGAUCGAUCUGGCCGGACACCAUUUUCCCUGGCAGCCCAAUGGGGCCACGAGGCAGUGGUCAAGCUUCUGCUUGCAACAGAGAAGGUUGAUGUGAAUUUUAAGGAUCAGGAUAGAUUAGGCCGGACACCACUGCUCUUGGCGGCAGAGGAGGGCCACGAGGCAGUAGUAAAGCUUCUGCUUGCAACAGACAAAGUGGAUGUAGACGUGAAAGACCGCGAAGGCUGCACGCCACUCGACAAGGCGUUGAUGAAUGAUCAUGAGGCAGUGGUGAAGCUUUUACAGAAACGAUAA